GCUGUCAGAACUCACGCAGUCUAGCCCCAAUGUUUUUGCAAGCCAGACUUGGGGGCUCUGCCUUGCCCAGCGGGCUGCCCCUCCACCGCCCUGGCUCCCCUCUGCCAGUCCAUGAAGGAGACACCGCUCUCCACCCUUCCUACCCUCUUCCAUGGCCCUCUUGUCUACGCUUGGCUCUGGAGAGUCCAUUCUGGUAGUCUUCUGGCCAUUUUCUGUGUUAUUUAGGCUGAUGUGGUUGGAAUCUAAGCGAUCAGCAGGACGAGGUGAGCCCAGCAUCCUCCUAUGCCGCCAUCUUUCUCUCUCUUCAGCAUUUUAUAGUUUUUAAGUGUACAAAAGUUUUUGCCUCCUUAUGUAAGUUUAUUCUUAAAUAUUCUUUUUGAUGCUGUUGUAAAAGAAAUUGUAUUUCCUCUCUGAGUUGUUCUUUGGUAGGAUAGAAUUUCAAUGUUUUUUCAUGAUACAAGUAACCUUGCAACAAAUUGGGUAUAGAAGGCAUGCACCUCAACAUAAUAAAGGCCAUAUGUGACAGAUCCAUAGCUAACAGGACACUCAACAGUGAAGUUUGAAAGCUUUCCCACUACAACCAGGAAGUUGAUGAGAGUGCCCACACUUACCAUUCCUUUUCAAAGGGCCCUGGAAUAAAAAUCUGUGUGAAGUUUUUAGCGUUUUCUAUACAUAGGUCAUGCCAUCAAUUAAGUGAGAACAAAUUGCUUAUAAUUAAUGUUUACUUAAUUUUACUACCUGUAGGUGUUUCCAAUGGUAGCUGCCUUCUGUCCCGUGGAUCUCAGCUUAAGCAUCAUCUUUGAAGAAAGACCUUCCCUGGUCACCUUCUCCAUAGUAGAAUUCUCCCUGAGUACCCUGUUUGCUGUCUUAUUAGCACUGAUGAAGACUGUAAUUAGUUUCCUAAAUUGUCCUAUUAUGUACUGCCUGAUUCUGUUAUGAGAAUAGAAGGUCCAUGCAGGAAGGCCCUGUUGCAUAAUUUGCCCCCCUAUUUCAUUAAUUGCUGUGUCCACUCUCAUAGCAUGGUUUCUGGAAGUAACCAGGAGCCCCAAAUUAAGGAAAAUAAUAAUUGGAUAAAUAGUUUUUCUGUCUAAAUCUGUGAAUAAAUAUCUACAAUAUCUACCACAGUUCAAGGUAGAAUAAAUUGAAUAUUAAAUACAAGGAAAGAAAAACUUGCUAUGGCAAGUGGGGAAAUACAUGAUAAAUUAAUCUUCCCUAAAACAAAAUAGGCUGAAAUUUUAUUUUUGACUGGCGUAGUUUUACAAUGGUUCUAAAGCUAUUUUUUUUUGUUAUUGUUACAUCUUCCUAAUUAUCUGAUUUCACAAAAUAGGAUCUUUAUAUAGAUAUUUUUGAAAGUUUUUGCAAAAAUUCCCAGUGAAUUUAAUUAAGCAAGAAUCAGUCUUGGACACUUCCCAACUCUAGGACUUAAUGAAGAAUGUGGUUAGAAAGGAUAAAAUGUCCAGUGAUCUUUGCCCUACUGGGAAGAAGAUACUAUACUCUUAAAUUGAUACACAUUUUUAAAGAAGGUUUCUGUUAGGCUUAAAGAAUUGCCUACAGAGAAGCACAAGAAUGCCUCUUAAAAUAUCAAGUCAGCUAAUGUGACCAAAGCAACAGUAUAGAAUGAGGAUACCUAAGCCUUUGAAUGGUAUUUUUCUGUUUAGAAAUCAGAGGGAAAGAAGUUACUGGAGAAAAAUCUGCCUGGGAAAUGACUGGUAGCUAUUUUUCUAUGUAAGGAUAGGAAUUUCUUGUCUUUUUAAUAAAUUAUCCUAGUGUGAUAAAUUUUUGCUUUUCUAUCUGGCCCUGGGAAUUCCCAGGAAACGAUCUGCAGUGCAAAUAAAAUCAACCUUCUGAAUAUUCAGGAGACUCCAUGGAGAAAAUGGAUAGACAGUCAAAUGAAAUAAAAUAUGUCCUCAAGUAAUAAUGCAGCUCUUUUGCUUUCUCUUGUCAAAUUGGAUGACAGAUGAAAUCCAGGUUGCUGUGAAUGAGUAAAAGGUGUUCCUUCAGAUUGCAGACUUGCCUUCCCAAGGAAAAGGAGGCAUAUCCAAGCAAAAAUGCUAAGAAAGAGGUCUCAGUGAAGGAAGAAACAACCCAGGGCAGUGACCUUCCAUUCCUAAUUUGAACUUCUCAUUUCGAAUAUAUCACCUGCUUCUAAUAUGAGAAGUCAGCUCCUAUGCAGACUAGAUGGAAACAAGGAGCAAUGUCACUUACUUUGUCCUCUUGGGUCUCACACAGGAUCCAAAGGGACAGAAGGUCCUUUUGGUUAUGUUCUUACACUUCUAUAUUUUGACCAUGGUGGGCAAUUUGCUCAUUGUCAUGACUAUAACUGUCAGUAGGACCCUGGACUCACCUAUGUACUUUUUUCUUGCUAGCUUAUCGUUUAUGGAUGUCAUUUAUUCCUCUACUAUUUCCCCUAGAUUGAUUUCAGACUUGUUGUUUGGGAAAAACACCAUAUCCUUUCAAUCUUGUAUGACCCAGCUGUUUACAGAGCACUUUUUUGGUGGAUCAGAGGUCUUUCUUCUGCUGGUGAUGGCCUAUGACCGCUACGUGGCCAUCUGUAAGCCCUUGCAUUAUUUGGUUAUCAUGAGACAGUGGGUGUGUGUUGUGCUCCUGGUAGGGUCCUGGGUUGGAGGUUUUCUGCAUUCAGCCAUUCAAGUUAGCACUAUUUAUAGACUCCCAUUCUGUGGUCCCAAUGUCAUUGAUCAUUUUUUGUGUGACAUGUACCCCUUACUGAAACUGGUCUGUACUGACACCCAUGUUAUUGGCCUGUUAGUGGUGGCCAACGGAGGACUGAUCUGCACAAUUGUGUUUGUGCUCUUGCUCAUCUCUUAUGGUGUCAUCUUGCACUCUCUAAAGAACCUUAGUCCAGAAGGGAAGCGGAAAGCCCUCCAGACCUGUGGUUCCCACAUCACUGUGGUGGUCUUCUUCUUUGUGCCCUGUAUUUUCAUGUAUGUGAGACCUGCUAAGACCUUCCCUAUUGACAAAUCAUUGAGUGUGUUCUAUACAGUCAUAACCCCCAUGCUGAACCCUCUGAUCUACACUCUGAGAAAUUCUGAGAUGACAAAUGCUAUGAGGAAGCUCUGGAAGAGAAAUAUAUCUCUUAGUAGAUAAGUAUAUAACCCACCAUGAAGAGACUUAUUUUUCAUUGGACCCCCUUUUGGAAGAAUGCAGAAGUCUUAAAAUGAUUCUGAUUUCCCUUUUUUCAAAGAACUUAAGUUAAUUAUAAUUAAAGAAAGAACUGGAUGAUUGUGCUAUAAUAACAGUUUCCCUUGUUGCUAGAAUGUAAGGUCCAAACAUCUUGUAGAUCUCUUCACUUAGAAAUGUGUAAUGCCUUUCUAGUAAAGAAUCAAUAAUAGGUAAUGAAUAGUGAGGCAUUAUUUAUACAAUUACACAAAUUAUUAAUUAAAAAAAUUUAAAAACAUUUUUUCUAAGACAGUAUUAUUUUUAGUAAGGCUCUGUUAACUUCAUUCUUUUUAUAUUAUUUAAAACAUUAAUGCCGUAUAGACUUUUCUUUAUUAAUUUUUGGUUGCCUUAUAUAAAAUAUUGGUUAAUACUUUUAGUUUACAUAAGAAAAAUUGAAGUGUAAUAGGUAGUAAAUAGUAGUAAUGAAAACCUUACAAAAUGAGAUAAAGUGUAGAAUAAAUUUCCUAUUUAUCACUCGAAUAGUUUCCAAUCCUUUUUCCCAGAGGCAAUUUCUUUA